CUUAUAAAUAAUUGGCUGAGGUUCGGACGACUCGGACAGCCCUAUCUAUUUCGGAAAUCGGACGACGUUGGAAUCCGAGAGGCCCGACACGUUAUAAAACUGGGCAAUUGAUCUCUCCUGAACCCUGUGACUUUCACUCUACCUUACAUACUACGUCUCUCAUUUAUAAAGUUGACAAUUCGCAAAAUGGCCGAAAAGGCAGCGGUUCAAGAUGACCAACAAAGCUAUCCAUCGCCAAUGAAAUUGGCCGUAAUCAUCACAUCUCUCUGCCUUGCAAUAUUUUGCAUGGCACUGGAUAAUACAAUCAUCGCAACAGCCAUUCCUCACAUCACCGGUCAAUUUCACGCUCUUGACGACGUCGGUUGGUACGGAAGUGCCUAUCUCCUGACAACCUGCUCAAUGCAGCUGGUCUUUGGGAAGCUCUUUACAUUCUACUCUAUUAAGAUAGUGUUUCUUCUGGCGUUGACCAUCUUCGAGAUCGGAUCUUUGAUAUGCGGCGUGACACCGAAUUCAUUAGGUCUCAUACUUGGUCGCGCGGUGGCCGGGAUCGGGGCAGCGGGCCUCUUUUCCGGUGCUAUUCUGAUCAUCGCAAACUCGGUUCCGUUGGGGAAAAGACCCCUAUAUACCGGAUUAAUUGCCGCUAUGUACGGAAUCGCAAGUGUUGCAGGACCGUUGAUGGGUGGAGCUUUCACGGAUCACGUCUCGUGGCGUUGGUGCUUCUAUAUCAAUCUUCCCAUCGGCGGUGUCACAUUUCUUUUCUUGCUAUGCUUCUACCGUCCCCCUUCUUCACGAGCAACAUCAACUUUAUCCCCCUGGGAGCAGCUCCAGCAGUUCGACAUCGUCGGCACAAUCUUGUUUAUUCCAUCCAUCAUAUGUCUCCUUUUGGCGUUGCAAUGGGGUGGUCCAGCCUACGAGUGGAGCGAUGGAAGAGUCGUCGCCUUGUUUGUUGUUUUCGGAUUGCUGAUGAUUGCCUUCCUGGGCGUGCAACUCUGGCGACAAGAGAACGCCACGCUCCCGCCACGGAUAUUCGGAAAUCGGAAUGUCUGGGGAAGUUCUUCCUUCGCUUUCUUCCUUGGGGCGACUUUCUUUGCCCUAGUCUACUACCUUCCUAUCUGGUUCCAAGCAAUCAAAGGCGUCUCGGCCGUGAAAUCAGGCAUUAUGAAUCUCCCUAUGCUCCUUGCUCAGGUCCUACUAUCUAUUAUAGCCGGAGGAUGCGUGACCCAGUUCGGCUACUACACCCCUUUUAUGAUUCUGUCAUCUUGUCUCAUGGCAAUCGGAGCAGGGCUUCUGUCAACCUUCCACCCUGACAUAGGCAGCGGCAAAUGGAUUGGGUAUCAGAUUAUUUUCGGCGCCGGAGUAGGAACGGGCAUGCAGCAGUCCUUGAUCGCCGUCCAAUCAGCCCUUCCACCCGCCGACGUGCCCAUCGCGACAGCUGCAGUCAUGUUUUCGCAAACGCUUGGCGGAGCUGUAUUCAUAUCUGUGGCGCAGAACGUGUUUACGAACGCUCUCUUGCAGAAUCUCGCCGGUAUACCAGAGAUUGUACCACAGGAGGUGGUCAAUAUCGGUGCCACGGAUUUGACAAAUUCUAUCCCGGCAGACGUGCUGCCUCGGGUUGUUUCUGCUUACAAUAAUGGCCUUGUAGAUGCCUUCUAUGUGUCAACUGCUGUUGGGGCCUUGUCAUUGCUUGGUGCAUUGUUCGUGCAGUGGAAGUCUGUGAAGGGUUGA